AUGUCAAAGGUUAACAAUGCAGGAGUCCUUGGAUCCACAUACCUCACCGAUAACGUCGUAGUGGAUCGUCAAAAUGUUUUAGGUUCUACAUCACUGAAAGAAGUUUUAGUGCAAACAUACGAGACGGCAGAGGAUUGCUUGAAAACAAACUAUUAUGGAAUCAAGCAACUCACAGAAGCACUUCUUCCCCUUCUUCAAAAAUCAGAAGCAGCAAGGAUAGUAAAUGUCUCUUCAGCACUUGGACAGCUAAGGGUUAUUGCAAAUGAGAGAGCCGAGAAAGAGCUAGGAGAUGUCAAUAACCUCACCGAGGAAAAAGUGGACAAGCUGGUUGAGGAAUUUCUGGAGGAUGUGAAGCAGGAUUUGAUAGAAUCCAAAGGCUGGCCUCUAAACAUAUCUUCUUACAUUGUAUCAAAAGCAGCUCUGAAUGCUUAUACAAGAGUCUUGGCAAAGAAGUAUCCUGAAAUUGCGACAAACGCAGUUAGUCCUGGCUUUACCAAAACAGAUAUCAACCAAAAUACUGGGAUUAACACAGUUGAAGAAGGUGCAGAAGGUCCUGUGAAGCUGGCUUUGAUAGCUGACACUAGAAUUUCUUGCCUCUACUUCGAAAUGACUGAAGAGUCAACCUUUGAUUGA